ACAGCAAAUUCUUCAAUCGAAAAUGAGUGGUAGAGGCAAAACCGGUGGCAAGGCCAGAGCAAAAGCCAAGACUCGCUCAUCCAGAGCCGGGCUUCAGUUUCCCGUCGGUCGUGUUCACAGACUUCUUCGCAAGGGUAACUAUGCAGAGCGCGUCGGUGCUGGAGCUCCAGUUUAUCUCGCCGCUGUGCUCGAGUAUCUUACUGCUGAGAUCCUGGAGUUGGCCGGAAACGCCGCUCGCGACAACAAGAAGACUCGCAUCAUUCCCCGCCAUUUACAGCUGGCAGUGCGUAACGACGAGGAGUUGAACAAACUCUUGGGGCGCGUGACCAUCGCUCAGGGCGGUGUGUUGCCCAACAUCCAGGCUGUGUUGCUGCCAAAGAAGACCGAGAAGCCCGCUAAAGCAAAGUAAACUAUCCAGUUCUCCAAAACUAAACAAAAGGCUCUUUUAAGAGCCACCCACUAAAGCUAUAAAAGAGUGAAAUCUUUUUCUCGUUUGUUCUGUUUAUAGUUACAGUAAAAAUAUACUCUGAAAUAAGCCAAUUAUCAUAAAUCUCAGAUUGAAUACAUAAGUUUC